AUGGCAGAGCACCGCAACUUGUUGAUUGGCGUUACCGGCAGCGUGGCUGCUAUAAAACUAUCUGAAAUUAUAGACGAUAUCAAACAGCGCGCGGCGCAAAACGCGCAGAGAGUGGAGAUCAGAGUCGUUGCCACUCAGUCCGCUAUAAAGCUGUUCAAGCAGUCCAUCGAAACCAGUGGCUGCGAGAUACUCACCGACGACGAUAUCGAGUCGCCGUAUACACGAGGAGACCCUAUACUUCACAUAGAGCUGAGGCGCUGGGCAGACCUCUUCGUCAUAUGCCCACUGGAUUGCAAUACGCUCGCCAAGAUCGCUAACGGUCUCUGCGACAAUCUGCUGACUGAUGUGGCCCGAUGCUGGGACUUUAGGAAGCCGUUAUGGGUUUAUCCGUGUAUGAACCCCUUAAUGUACCAGCAUCCAGUUACGGCGGAGCAGAUAUCUAAACUACAGUCGUUCGGUGUCAAGGUAAAUUUUGGUUUGAGAUGA